UCUCUCUCUCUCUCUCUUCUUUUAUUUAAAAUUUUGCUUCUUUUUAAAGCCUGAGGAGAUCAAUGGCGGUGCGAAAUUGCCAUUCUUACUGUUAUCAUGAACUCCCAAUAAUAAUAUAAACCCAAACUCCGAUCCAUUUCUCUCUCUCUCUCUAAAUCAAACCAAAGCAGCCUCUUCUUCACUACUUUUGCUGCAAAAAGAAAGAGAAGCACAGUCGAUAAUUGAUAUAUAGAUUUAGAGAGAGAGAGAGAGAGAGAGAGAGACUCUGGAAAAGCAAAGCCUGCCUUCGUUUGCCUCCCCAGAGUAAGAACCGAAAGUUCCGAGCUUUUCCUUUUCCUGGAAAUGCUGUAGCUUCGUGGGUUCCCUUAUUACUGAUCUUCGUAUCCUUUCCUGGGUUUUCUCGCACUAUUCUUCAAUUGAUCUUUUCAGUUUUUGCUCAUUCAGCCUUGGCUUGCUAAUGAAAAAUUUUCUUAGUUGGAUCCUUGGGAUCUUACGCAAAUACGAGUCAGAUAUAAACCCAAGUUUCACUUUCAUAUCUGUGCACAUCUUAUUCCUGCUUGAAGUUUGAAUCUAUAAAGUGGAUAUGGCAGCUGAGCUUGUAAAUUCAGCGACAAGCGAUAAACUGACAGAAAUGGAUUGGAUGAAGAACAUUGAAAUCUGCGAACUAGUCGCAUAUGAUCAAGGGAAAUCCAAAGAUGUCAUCAAAGCUAUUAAGAAACGAUUGGGAAAUAAAAACCCUAGUAUUCAACUUUUUUCUGUCCUGUUAUUGGAGAUGUUGAUGAAUAAUUGUGGAGAACAUAUUCACAAGCAGGUGAUAAGUAAUGGAAUUCUUCCGAUACUGGUGAAGAUAGUGAAGAAAAAGUCAGGUCUUCCUGUAAGAGAGAAGAUAUUUCUACUUUUAGAUGCUAUGCAAACAUCCCUUGGUGGUGCUUCUGGAAAGUUUCCUCAAUAUUAUGCUGCAUAUUAUGAUUUGGUGAGUGCUGGUGUACAGUUUCCUCAAAGGCCGCCUGCUGUCGCUUCAGGUAAUUCUGUGCUGAAGGACACCAAAAGGAGUUUACUUGGGGCUGGAGAGAAAUCUGUACCUCCAAAAUCUGAAAGGGAUAUUCAGCCAGAAAAUCCUCAGAUUGUGCCUGAAUCUAGCAUUAUUCAGAAGGCUGGUGUUGCCCUGGAGGUUUUGAGAGAAGUAUUGGAUGCAAUUGACAUGCAACAUCCUGAGGAAGCAAAGGAUGAGUUCACUCUGGAUCUUGUGGAGCAAUGUUCAUUUCAAAAACAACGAGUAAUGCAUCUUGUGAUGACAUCUCGGGAUGAAAGGGUAGUUUCUCAAGCAAUUGAAUUAAAUGAGAAGCUGCACAAGGUACUUGCCAGACAUGAUGUUCUUCUGUCAGUUAAGGCUACCUCCACCGCUACUCAUUUUGACCAUGAAGAAUUGGAGGAAGAGGAGGCUGAACUGCUUUUCCGAAGAAUCCAAAAAGGGAAAGCAUGUGCAAAGGCUGAAGACGAAGUCCACCUGGAUCUACUUGGAUCUAUUCAUGCAGAAAGGCUUCACCGUCCACUUAUACGACCAUUAAAUUUGGAACCGCAAGUAUCCAAUAUGUCACCUCCAGUUGUCAUUCCUCCCCCACCGGCCAGACAUGUUGAGAGGGAGAGAUUUUUUCAGGAUAAAAGGGUGGAUGGUUCAACAUUAUCUGGUCACAUGAGGGGUCUCUCAUUGCAUAGUCGCAAUCCUAGCAGUUCAAACAGCGGAAGUAUUUAUUCCAGUGACUGAAGCCUGAUUGCAUUGGUCUUUCUUGAGUGGCUGUUAGAAUUGGUAUAUGGAGCAAUCGAGGUUGUACUCUUUAUGUAAUGGCCUGCCUUUAUGAGGUUGCAGAAGGGGUUGGUUCUCAAAAGUUCAUGUUCCCUUGAUUUUAAGUCUCUGCUCAUUUGGUGCCUUGCACUGCUCUUAUGUUCACCAAAGAUUGCUCGGACUCUAGUGUUGCUGGGUAUUUGUAGUGGCCUUCUAUGGGAAGAAGGAAGAAAUCACCUUUAGAGUUAUGUCCUUCCAUAUGACUGUUCCUUUGUCCUUUAUUUUUUUUUUUAAUAAUAUUUUCUAUAUCUGUAAAGGGGAUUCUGCAAGUCCAUUGUACUGAAUGUUUGUGGUACUAGGUGAAAUCAAGAAUGGACCUUUUAGUGUUGGUGCUUCUUGUCAUCACCAAAGUGGAGAGUUGAGAAGUUGUAACUUAUUUUGAUUGCCCCUUGUCGUAUUCUAAAAAAUUAGUUAAGGUAAGGGUAUAGAAGGAUUUUUAAAUAAAGUUGACAAGUAGUUUUCAUUUUGA